UUGUUCCAGCAUCUGAUUUAAAACUGUCCGUGUGUCCAUCUUUUAUUGUUCUUCACCGAUUUAAAUUAAAAGCGUUAAAUAUGUUCUGUGAGACGUUACGUAACCGUCUUUAUAUCACCGCUGAUAUAAAGAUAUAUGUAGCUGAUUACAAGCUAACAUGUUAGCAUGUUGGACGUCGAACUUAAAAAGUUAACGCUAUUAGCCGUUGUCAAUAAUCAACAAUCACACUGCGAUCUUAAGUGUAGCUUCUCCUUUUAGCUGAGUUAAACUGUUCAGUUUGUUUAACUUUAGUUGACAGUUUGACUCUCUGCUACCUGUUUACAUGAAAAAGUUAAGUGUUAACAGUAGAAAAACAAACAAUGUGAACUUUCAAGUCAUUGUUUUGUUUUUACUUCUUGAUCUUUAACCCAGCAGAGAUGUUUGCAUCUGUUGUCAUUCGUUUUUGAUCAUUAAAUCUAUUAACUCAUUAAAAAAAACACUGUUCACCACUGCUUUCAUGUUCUAAUUGGGGGACUGUCACACGAGCUGGAGCGUUAAUCCUCCUGCAAAGCAAGGUAAAUGAGUGAAGAUUCAAUCCUUUGUUUUAUAGUUUCUAAAAUAGUUUUAAUAAGUUCAACACCUUUACUGAAAAGUGAGAGUGUCCCUUUGACUACAGCAUUGUGGCCCCAAUGCUGUAAAUUCAUUUCUGGGUCAAAUACUCAAGCCCAUGUAUUGUUUGCCAUCUUAAAAACACAUGCCAUUCCUUGUUCAUACACCUUAUGGCCCUGCAAACCAAAUACCAACAGUGUCAACGUCAAGCCUCAGCAUCUGUCUGCUGUGUGGAGUGAUUUUGUUUAUGGUGCCUAUAGGAUGCCUUCUAUCUUGUCUCCUCGUUGCCUUCAUGCCUUACUCUUUUCUUCUUCUUCUUGUUCCUCGGUCUCCUCACUCAGAUUUGCGUAAACAGGCCCGACAGCUGGAAAAUGAGCUGGACCUCAAGCUGGUCUCCUUCAGUAAGCUCUGCACCAGCUACAGCAGCAGCAGCAGCCGGGACCAGCGGACGAGAGACAGCAGGUCUGAUUCUGUCGGCUCAUCUCACGACAACAUGCUCGUGGCCAUGACCACUGAGCUGGAGCAGCUGUUGGCCGGUCUUACUGCAGUCAAUGACAAGAUGGCAGAAUACACGAACACUCCGGGGGCUUCAUCGCAUAACGCAGCGUUGAUGCACACCUUACAGAGACACAGAGACAUCUUACAGGACUAUACUCUUGAGUUCCAUAAAACCAAAAGCAACUUCUUCAGCCUGCGAGAGCGAGAGGAUCUGCUAGGCUCUGUUCACAGAGACAUUGAGUCCUACAAGAGCAGCGCAGGAGUGAACAACAGAAGGACUGAGCUCAUCCUGAAGGAACAUGAACAUCUCAGAAACUCAGAUAGUCUUAUUGACAACGCAAUAAGCAUCGCCAUAGCUACCAAAGAGAACAUCACAUUUCAGCGUGGGAUCUUGAAGUCCAUCCAAACCAGGGUCACAACUUUGGCCAAUCGUUUCCCCGCCAUCAACGGUCUCAUCCAGAAAAUCAAUUUGCGCAAGAGGCGGGACUCUUUAGUUCUAGGCGGGGUGAUCGGCGUCUGCACCAUACUCCUGUUGCUCUACACUUUCCACUGAUUCCUUUACUUUCAUCAGGAAAAAAAGAACCAAAUAUAUUCAUUGUAUCUCAAGACUUAAUAUUCUAAUUUACUCUCCUUAAAAAACUGUUUAAAGAGUGAAGAAAGUAUUUUAUUUUGAAAAGAAAUGUAUGUCACAUAAAUGAAAUGAUUUGAACUGACUGGAGAGUUUAUUUAUUUUCUGAUUUAUGAUAAAGUUUCCAUCUUUGGUGUUGUAUAUUGCUGGUUAUAUCCUAUUCUAAUGUUUCACUCUUUAUAAAAAUCUUUGUGAAGUUUGUUAACUGUUGACGUCACACUUCUUUAUAUCGUGUCGGCGGCGCCUAAUAAAAUAAAGGUGAUGAGCUCACUGUCAAGUUUGUCAUGCUCAUUCAAGUUUAUUUCUGACAUGCAGAACUAUGGCACAGUAAACCAGUCAUACAGUAUAAAUGUAUAAACAUCAACAUCAGAGUGCCAAGAGCAGUGCAUACAGGGAGAACGACCCCAUUCAUAUCUUGCAGUAUAUUGUAAACGUAAUGAGAUUUAGAGAUCCAGGCAGUUCAGGAGAGUCCGAUCAGUUUAUCAUGGUAGCACGCAAAGCAAGAUAUCACUAUGACUGCAGCAGGGCGUUGUUCAGAUAAUCGUACGGGAGUUUUAAACUUGAUGUAAACAGUGUAUGAAAUCAGUAUAUACAUCUUCCCACAGUCCGUACUUUAGAUGCAAAUGUUAAGAGAAACAGGGCAGGCAGUGGCGGCAUUACAGAAUAGAGGUGCACUGAUGCCUUUUGUUUUUGUCUGACCACAAGAGGGUUUACUGAUUUAUCUUCACAUCACGUACUUACUAUAUGUGUCGGUUUUUUUUAAGUGAUGUAUCUUUUUUUUUUUUUUUUUUCUUUCCGUCUUUAGGAAAUCCUCUUAUCUAAUGAUGUCUUUUUUAUAAUAAGCAAAUGACAGUGCCGUCCAGUUGUCUGUGUGUCAGGCAGGUGUGUACCAUUUUAGUUUGGACUAUUAGUUACACUUUCUCCUCAGCAUGUGCUGUCUGACGAUCCGACACUAUGUGCAGCCUUCAUUUUCCUUCCUUUCUUCCUGAGUUUGUGGGGUUAUUGGAAAUGAGUGUUGCCGGGAAAAAGAGAAACAACCUGCGACUUCUUUCCUUUCCUUCUUUUCUUUGGUCCAUAGCAGAAAAAAAGCAAUACGGUGUACACUAGAGUCUCUUCAGCUUUUUUUGCUGUUUCAUCCUCAAAACGACAUUCAUCCACCUCUCUUCUGUGCAAAUUUGAGAAGUGAAAUGCCAGUCCUUCCCAUCCCACAGUUCACUUUUGGGUCUCUUAGAAUCAGAAAAAAAGACACAUUAAGUUACACAUCUUUCCACUAUUGAUGAGUUUGAUGUGUGUGUGUUUCUUUCAUACCUAUUGUAAACACGAUGAAGAUGAUGACAGCCACACCCAGCAGCAUCGCCAGACAGCUGAGCAGCAUAGACAGACGCCCAUACUUCCUUGCUCCUUCAAUAUCUCC